AUAUCCAAUAAAUACGCGCAGGAAUUUAAUUGAAUUGUAUUUUAUGGAUUUAUGAAAAGGCGUAUUUUUUUCCAUCACUAAAGCCACUUGAGGAUUGUAAAUGAGAAACAUGCGUGUGGAAGACGGGCGGAUAGUUAGUCUUGGUUUUGAACCCAUUUCUAAAACCAAGCCUCCAACGCAACGAACGGCCACCAUGCUCCAUGCGUCCGCUGUGGUCGUGUGGGAAUGGCUCAACGAACACGGGCGGUGGCGGCCCUACAGCCCGACCGUCUCCCACCACAUCGAGGCGGUGAUACGAAGCGAUCCCCGUGGUGGGAGCGUCGUGCUAGGCCAAGUCGACAACCGCCUCUCGCCCUACAUCCUAGACCUGCAGUCGAUGCCAGUUCAGGCAGGACACAG